AUGAACCGAACUAUCGCUAAGAAGGUUAGGUAUUUGAGGUUGAAUGUAGGGCUUCCAAAGCAGUUCUGGGCAGAGGCAGUAAACAUGGCGGUCUACCUCAUCAAUAUACCGCCAAGGAAGACUCUUGAGGGGAUGGUUGCUCAAGAGGUUUGGACUGAGGUAGAUAUUGAUCUAUCUAACUUCAGGAUUUUUGGGUGUUCAGCUUACAUGCUUAUACCAAGCGAUGAGAGGUCAAAGCUGUAUUCGAAAUCCAAGAAGAACAUCUUUCUAUGCUUUGAGAAAGGUGUGAAGGGCUUCAAGUUAUGGGAUUAUGAGGCUAAGAAGAGGAUUUUCAGUAGAGAUGUGGUGUUCGAUGAACAGUACAUGGUGGAGCAGGCAAGGUCAGAAAAGAUUGAUCAGCAGGACGAGCAGGAGGAAGCAAAAGAGGAAGAUGUUGCAGGCAGACCCAAGAGGGUCAAAAAAGUGAAAUAUGAUUUUGAAGACAUGGUCGGUUGUGCUCUUUUAGUUGAAUCAGAUGUUCCAUUGACUUAUAAGGAGUCUAUUGUUAGUCUGGAUAAGGAGGGCAAGAAGGCGAUUGGAUGCAAGUUGGUUUUCAUUAGAAAACCAGGAAUGUCUGAGAAGGAGUUUCUGAAGUUCAAGGCAAGGUUGGUUGCAAAGGGGUAUUCACAGAGGAAGGGAGUAGAUUAUGAUGAGAUUUUCUCUCAUGUUAUUAGACACACUUCAAUUCGAAUUGUGCUUAGUUUGGUAGCUAGUUGGGAUAUUCAUUUUGAACAGAUGGAUGUGAAGACAGCUAAACUCCAUGGAGAUUUGGAGGAAGAGAUAUACAUGGAGCAGCUAGAAGGGUUUGUGAAACCAGGUGAGGAGAAGCUUGUAUGCAGAUUGAGAAAGUCUCUGUAUGGGUUGAAGAAGGCUCCAAGACAAUGGUACAAGCGGUUUGACUCCUACAUGCAGAAGAUUGACUACCAAAGAUGUGAGUAUGACUGUUGUGUUUAUAUACUUAGCCGUGAUGGUCGUCCUCCUAUACUCUUGUUGCUUUAUGUUGAUGAUAUGCUUCAUUGUUGGGAGAAAUAUGGAUGA